CACACUGGUUCUUCGGAGUUGCGAUAUAACUGAUAAAGAAAUGAACGACGGCAGAGACCCACCUCUGAGAGCGUUCUUCGACAGCACCUUCAAGGGAGGCGCUAACCCCAACGACUGGAUGAACAUCAUUCACGCCCCCACAUCUGGUUUCGGUUUGAGGUCGGCAAGUGGACCUGCACGUCGUCCCAGCGCGGACCAGAGGGCAUUCUACCGCGAGAAUGGAUUCCUUCUCGCCAGGGGCCUCGUGCCGCUCUCACUCAUCGACCAACUCAGACAUCGUUUGCGUGGUCUCAACUACAGAGUCGAGGAGGUGGAUACGGACAACAUCGAGGAGAAGAUCGCAGCCAGGGAAGAAGCGGAAGUAACAGCUCGCGUACUGAAAGACGUCCUCUCCCAGUUCAUCCGGGUACCCACACUGCUCGAUUGGGUGGAAGACUUCUGUGGAAAGGAUGUUCUAUCACUGGGCGCCAUGUUUGUUCGCAUCCCCCCAGCGGAAGGACAUUUUGGAGCGCGCCUUCACCAGAAUGGCUACUUCAUUCCCGUGGAAGCCGAUGAAGGCCGGGUGGUGUCCGUGUGGAGUCCGCUCGAGGUCGCCACAAGCGGGGGCGGAGUUGCAGAGGCUCUCACCGUUCUGCCAGGGACCCACAGGGGUCCUCUCCUGCAGCACGACCUCAGCGCUCACGAACAGGGUGCCCUCAUCAGCAACCCUCCCAAAGGAGUGAACUCGGUGUCUCUAGCAGUGGAACCAGGAGAUGCCAUCUUUCUCCACCCGAGGCUUCUGCACGGCUCCCAACCCAACCGAAAUGGCAGGGAGAGGACAGAACUGGUGGCUCACUAUGCAUCUGCCAAGGCUCCCUUUCAAGAGAGACCCCAUGUCAAUCAGGAUUACUGGAAGCAGAAUGUCCAGCUGGUUCGAGGUGUAUCCAGCAAUCUCUGACACUACUCGGCAAGCAUUACCUAUAUACAGAAGACAGCGUGCCUACUAAGCGUCGAUCAUUACCUCGUUUUUGUAAAUAUUAUACGUUUAUGUACAGAAUAAAGUUUAUUUAUCCGCUCUA